AUGGCCAGCUUUAUUCGAGGCAAGCAGGCAGGUAUACAGAACGACCUAUCCGCCGGACUUACUCCCGAGCACGUCGCUAUUGACGACAUCGAGCGCUAUGGUAUCAACAGUCAGAUAGGCGCCAUCGCCUACGAUCCCGUGCAAUCACUGCUGGCGGUGGGCACAAAGGACAGCAAAUUUGGUCCUGGACAAAUCUACAUCUUCGGUAGAGGCAGAGUGGCUGUCACACUGGAUCUGCCUCAACGAGCAUCAGCCAAACAGAUACAAUUCUGCGCCGACAAGCUUGUCUGCCUCGACUCAAAGAACGACUUAUCAUUUUACUCACUCGAAGCGAAGAAACUGGUUGGAUCGCAUUCACCACCAGGUGUCGCUACAUGCAUCGCGACAGACCCCGCGCUGGACUAUGCCUUGAUUGGUAUGCAGUCUGGAGAUGUUCUUGCUUAUGAUAUGGAUAGAGAGGGAGCCGCGCCUUUCCGAAUCCCAAAUCUUUGGGCUGAGCAUGACUCAAGGGCUCGAGUGUCACCAGUUGUCAGCAUCCAAUUCCAUCCCAGAGAUAUUGGAAAGCUUCUGAUCGGCUAUGUUCAUGGUGCCGUCACCUUCUCCUUCAAACAGAACCAAGCUCAAAAAUUCUUCCAAUACGAGAUUCCUGCUGGAGCACUGGGUGGUCAUGGAGACCCCUCAAUGUCAAGAACUCCUCGGUGGCCUAAGCUCACUCAAGCAGUUUGGCAUCCUACUGGCACUUUCAUCCUGACUGGACACGAAGACAGCUCAAUGGUAUUUUGGGAUCCUAAGGAUGGCAGAAUCAUUUUAGCCCGGACUACUAGCGAAACACACAUCAACGUGCCUGGUAAAGGCGCCACGACUCUCGGCUCGACAGUAUCGGUCAGAGAGCCAAUCUUCAAGAUCGCCUGGUGUGCGAACAAGGACCCUGAUGACACGGCUCUUCUUAUUGCUGGUGGUGCAGACACAACCAUGCCGACAAAGGGCAUGACGUUCUUCGAGCUGGGCCGAACACCAAAUUAUGCUACGUCGAGCUGGGAUGUCCUUACUGACCAUCUGGAGUCGCCUCGCCGACAAAGAGUGCUUCCAACCCCACCUAAUGCCGAAGUAGUCGAUUUCUGCCUCAUUCCUCGAGAGUCACCACACUUUGCUGGUGCUCAAGAUCCCAUUGCCAUUCUAGCGCUUCUGUCAUCUGGAGAGGUUAUCACACUUAGCUUCCCAAGCGGCAUACCGAUCACACCUACCAAUCAGCUACACGUAUCCAUGACAUUUGUCCAUCCGUUUAUUAGACGCGCAAAUGUCACUACGGUCGACAGAAUCAAGUGGCUAGGUAUGACUGAGACUCGAAACCAAGGCCCCAAGAUUCUGAAAGGUGGUGUGGAGCAAACACAUCCUCUCAAACGAUACGAAAACCGAAACAUCAUUCAAACAAUGCAUGCAGAUGGUACAGUCAGAUUGUGGGACGCAGGCCAUGGUGACGAGCUUGAAAACGACAAAGUCCUCGAAGUGGGUGUUGGUCGAGCUGUGGGACGUAUCGAAGGCGUAGACAUCACCAACACCUCUCUAGCCAGUGCAAGCGGCGAGUUUGCAGCGGGCACUAGAAGCGGUGAAGUCGCUGUUUUCCGCUGGGGUCAUAACCGAAACCAUGGUCGUGAUGUGCCUCCAUCGGCUGGUGGAAACCGCCCUAAUGCUUUGACAAACAUCAUCGAGAGGACGGACCCAAGCCUGAAGGAAGGACUGUGUCCAUUUACCUUGCUCGAUCUGCAAAGUGGACCUAUCACUGCAGUCAAGGUCAGCGAGGUUGGCUUCGUGGCUGCUGCUUCGGAAGGAGGCAAACUUGCUGUCAUUGAUAUGCGCGGCCCUGCGAUCAUCCACCUUGGCACGACUGCUGAGUUUGGCAAGGGCGACAAGCUUGGCACACUGCGUCGUAAGAGCAGUCAUCCAGGAGACAAACCAGAGUGGGUGACGAAACUGGAGUUCAGCGUGAUGACUCUUGAAGAUGAGAACUACUCCAGUAUCAACCUGCAUGCUGGUACUAAUCUAGGUCGACUAGCCACCUUCAAGCUCAUCCCUGACAGCAGUGGACGUUAUCGUGUGAACUUCGAGGGUGUCACAUCGUUUGAUGGUCGCAUCAUCCACAUCUCACCCGUCGAUGCCCACACAGGCAGACCCGCGACCGCAAAUCCUGAUGCUGUAGCUAGUCUCCGUACCGGUUUGAAGACCGAUGGUGUGCUCGUCGCAGUGACCACAAGCGAAGCACGUAUCUUCCGUCCAGCCACUUCCAAGGGAGCUCACAAGACCUUUGACAGCUAUUCUUGCGAUUCAGCAGCUGUCGUACGAUUCCAGGACCAAGGGUAUGUACUUGCUGGGUUGUUUGGCGACGGUACUGUGCGUGCGUACACAUUGCCUGCGUUGAAAGAGCUCAACUCGAUCAACAUAUCGCACAUCCUAGACACUAGACGAUUCGCCGACUCCAUUAUCGUUCCUAAUGGAGACAUCUUUGGCUGGACUGGUCCGUCUGAGAUGGCACUGAUCAACAUCUGGGGUACAGGCCAACUCUUACCAAAAUCACUAGACAGACUCUUCAACCCAGAAGCCCUCAUCCCACCCAGACCUACAAUCUCAAACUUCCAAUGGGUGGCAGGAACACAAUAUGUGACACCCGCAGACAUGGACAUCCUAAUCGGCGGCCCCGACCGUCCCCCCUCAAAACGCAUGAUCGCGCAAUCCCGCGCCGACGAAGCCGCCCGAGCAGCAGCCUCGCGCCGCCCCGCCUCUUCCUCUUCCUCAGCAGCGGGGCAAAGCAACGAAGGCUGGGGCGCCUACAUGCAACGCCAGAUCCAAGAACGUACAGAGAAACUCAAUAUCAUGGGAGACUCGAUGGAGAAUCUCGAGAGUAAUAGUCAAGGGUGGGCAGAUGAUGUUAGUAAGUUUGUGAGUAGGCAGAAGAGGGGCGCCGUUACGGGGUUGAUCAAACAUAAGUUUGGCUUCUAA